AUGGAUCCUCUUUAUGAUGAUCCCAAACCCACCCUUCAAACCCCAAAGAAGAAGAAUGCUCCUGUCAAUGUUUUUCAGGUUGCACUCUUGAGGAUGCGAGGACGUUCCGGAAAAUCAAGGGUGCUUCCUGUAGAUGAUGGGUCCAAGAGCAUUUGGAGAAAAAUGGUGGGGUCCAUGAGACCAUUGCACCUACAGAGCAGUCAAUCCCCACGGUCAUUUUCUGAAACCGAUAGCCAGCCUCCUACGCCUUCGCUUACCGCAACAUCGGAUUAUCUAGCGGAGGAUGAGUCUUAUUCGCCUUCUCCACCCAGCACACGUUACGCUUCAGCCGAGGGGCUGAACGAACUCAUGCAGAGUGAUGAGGAAAACGAGAAGCAUGGAGAGAUUUUGGAGGAGUGCAAAGAACACGAUAAUGGGGAUGAUAUGAUUGAUGCCAAAGCUGACGAGUUCAUUGCUCAGUUCUACCAACAAAUGAGGUUGCAACGUUUGAGUUUCACCGAUCGUGUUUACAAAGAGCGAAGUGAGAGGUCAUUGGGUUAA